ACUGUAACUCAGCUGGGGUUUUCUGUGCAAGCAGACAGGCCACUGUAAUUCAUGUAGUCAUUAGGGGGGUUCGCUCAGUCCUAAACUGAACCCUCUCUGCACGCUGGAGCAACAAGUGAACCCGAAAACUCUGCAGAUCGGCUCCAAACCUGCUACAUUACCCACGAUACGCACAUUUCAGAUUAAUUCAACCGAUUUCAGAUCGUUUUAAGCGUUUUUCUCGUCUUAGCAUUUUUGCAAGACCAAGAUUGAGGACUUCCACUAUCGAGAUGUGGUGGAUGCUGUUUCCCCGAUGGAUCUGGUUUGUUCUUGGACAUUGUUGGACUGUAUUCCUCUGUGGGGACUAUCGUGUGACAGCGAUGCCUAUGAUGUCCGUGGCAAAGGUGGUGUACUCCCACGCAGGUCUGUGUCCCAAUGAUCUGAACCCGAACCUGUGGGUGGAUGCGAUGAGCACCUGCAUGCGAGAGUGCGAAUCCGACCAGGACUGCGAGGCAUUUGAAAAAUGUUGCCCUAACGUUUGCGGCAACAAGAGCUGUGUGGCAGCACGCUAUAUAGACAUCAAGGGCAACAAGGGCCCCAUUGGAAUGCCAAAGGGCGCCACCUGCGACAAGUUCAUGUGCACCCAGCAAGGCUCUGAGUGCGACAUCUGGGAUGGCCAGCCUGUUUGUAAGUGCAGAGACCGCUGUGAGCGGGAGCCCCACUUCACGUGUGCGUCUGACGGCAUGACUUAUUAUAACAAGUGCUACAUGGACGCAGAGGCCUGCUCCAAGGGUGUCUCAAUCACUGAGGUCACCUGCAGGUAUCACCUGUCCUGGCCAAACACAAGUCCAAUCCCUGUGGAGACCACGUUACAUCCCACUACCGCCCUUCAAACCACCAUUCCAACUGACAUACAGCUUCCUGCCAUACACAAUGGACCAAUCAAACAGACUGUAUUUGUGGGUGAGACGGCCAGCUUCCUGUGUGAGGUGUCCGGGAAGCCACAACCAGAAAUUACCUGGGAGAAACAAAUGAAAGGCAAGGACAAUGUAAUAAUGAGACCCAAUCAUGUACGAGGUAACAUUGUGGUAACCAACAUUGGCCAGCUGGUCAUAUACAACGCCCAAGUUGAUGAUGCCGGAAUCUACACAUGCACGGCUAGAAAUGUCGGGGGAAGUGUGUCAUCACACUUCCCCUUGGCGGUGCUCAAGAAAGAAUCGAGGGGUAAAAAUGCAGAGGGGAAUAAUACUAACCUCCCAUUCCCAGCGGCAGAAUGCCUCAAGGGUCCCGACACAGAUGACUGCGGAGAAGAAAGCAUAAGCUGGUACUACGAGCCGAAGAGAAACAACUGCUUCACCUUUACCUACAGCAAUUGCAAUAAAAACCUAAACCAUUUUGAUUCCUAUGAAGCAUGCAUGCUGUCCUGUGGGGGGGAGCUGGCAGCCCCCUGCAGCCUCCCAAGCCUACAGGGUCCCUGCAAGGCUUAUGAGCCCCGUUGGGCUUAUAGCACCACCCUUAAAAAGUGCCAGUCUUUUGUGUAUGGGGGCUGUGGAGGAAAUGAGAACAACUUUGUGUCUAAAGAAGCCUGUGAAGAGAUGUGCCCCUUUCCAAAAAACCACAACUGCAAGGCAUGCAAGCCUCGAGGUAAAAUGGUCUCCAGCUUCUGCAAGAGUGACUUCGUGAUCCUCGGCCGUGUAACUGAGCUGACAGAAGAGCAAGAAUCAGGGCAUGCAUUGGUGACCGUAGAGGAGAUCUUGAAGGAUGAGAAAAUGGGUCUAAGGUUCUUUGGCAAGGAACCGCUGGAAGUCACCCUUCUGAACAUGGACUGGAACUGCCCCUGUCCUAACAUCACCAUAUCUGACGGGCAGCUGAUCAUCAUGGGGGAUGUUCACAACGGGAUGGCCGUCCUGCAGCCUGACAGCUUUGUGGGUACAUCCAGUGCUCGCAGAAUCAGAAAGCUAAGAGAGUUUGUUCAGAAGAAAACCUGUGAUUUCCUCAAAGAUUUCUCUGCAGCCUGAUAUAAUACCAGCAGUACAGCUCCUCUGUUUUUAUUUUUCAAAUUACUUAAAGCUCCUGUGACCUCACAAGUCUGCAUGGUGGCCAGUUAUGUUGCAUUUCAAAUGUGUUUUUUUUUGGGUCAAAUUUUCAUCAACAGAUCUUAGAAAAGCUGUUAUAAAAAGUAUUUACCCUGAGCAAAGUAUUUAAUAUUUUACCUUAACAAAUCUUUUGUACACUAAUAUUAUUUGUUUAGUAAUAUUUUUAAUACGGAAAGCUUAUCUUUUGUUCUGAUGAGUAUCUUAGGUCUUCACUGUGUGACAGCUGUCUUUAGCACAUAAAAGGAUCGUUUGAGUUUAUUGACGUGUGCAGGCUGUGAAGAGAUUAGGAACGGUAUUUUACCUGCUAUACAUGACUCUCUCCUAAUAUGGUUUAAGAGUUCAUAAAAUAGUAUUUCUGCAGACUGCCAUGCUAUAGACUGCUAAAACCUUUUAGUAAAACAAUUACUGCUCUUAACCUCUUCAUACAGAACAACCAAACUACCAACUUAAGGGGAUAGUUAAGGAUUUUUGAAAAGAGGU